UCGCUAAGAAAGUAUAAUUCCCAUCUCACCCACUGGAUUAAAGUGCAAUUCCUUGUGCAUUCGAUCGCUGACCCAAGUCUUUCUGAGUCCCUACAUAUCAGUCGGAGGGUCUAGAAUUAGAGUUGUCAGGGCGAGUGCGUCUAAAAUUUUUUUUCCGUCUCAAAGGCAACCUCACCCUUCUACUUCCCCGUCCCUCUAUCCUCUCUCUCUCUGUAAUCUCCUCUUCUCUCUGAAUAAAUUUAUCCUAGAUUCCGAUUUCCACCGAUCCCCGCAGUUCCUUACUCUUCAACAAAUACUUAUCCUUGAUACAGAUUCUUUUUCAAAAUCUGCUCUUUAACCAAGCAUUCAAUAGUUUAUAAAUAUUCCUACUAUCGGUAUAUCCGGUAUAUCUUAAUCCUCCUCCUUUCUCCUUCGUCUUGUUGUUUGGUACCGGAGUGGUGGAUGGUACUCGUAGAUGGACGGUUCAGGGGGCAGCUCGUUCUUGCGGGGCCGGCGGCUGGAGAGCUGCUUCGAAGCGAGCGUCCGGUCGAGGGGACCGGCGAAGGCCCGACCGGAAGAUGCGGUCGGGCAGCCGGGUCCCAGGCGGGCCGCGGCGGCUGACUUCGUGGAUGAUGAUAGAUGGAUUACUGUCAUCCUGUCGGUCGUUAGGAUUGUCGUUUGCUUUCUGUCGAUGGCGGUUACAACGGCCGUGUGGGCCGUGAUCAUGCUGCUGUUGCUUCCUUGGCCAUAUGCUCGGAUUAGGCAGGGGAACUUGUAUGGGCAUGUUACCGGGAGGAUGCUGAUGUGGAUUUUAGGGAAUCCAAUAACAAUAGAAGGCUCUGAAUUCUCUAACACAAGGGCUAUCUUCAUCUGUAAUCAUGCAUCACCUAUAGACAUUUUUCUUGUUAUGUGGUUGACUCCGACGGGCACUGUUGGCAUAGCUAAAAAAGAGAUCAUUUGGUACCCACUCUUUGGACAGCUCUAUAUGUUGGCAAACCAUCUCCGAAUAGAUCGUUCCAACCCCACUGCUGCCAUUGAAUCAAUUAAACAGGUAGCUCGUGCAAUAGUCAAGAAAAAAUUAUCACUGAUCAUUUUUCCAGAGGGUACUCGAUCAAAAACAGGAAGGCUGCUCCCAUUUAAGAAGGGUUUUGUUCACAUAGCACUUCAGACAAGGUUGCCAAUAGUUCCAAUGGUGCUGACAGGUACUCAUCUAGCUUGGAGGAAGAACAGUUUGCGGGUCAGACCAGCACCUCUCACAGUGAAAUACCUCCCACCCAUAAAAACAGAUGAUUGGGAAGCAGAAAAGAUCGACGAUUAUGUAGAAAUGAUACAUGCCUUGUAUGUGGAUCACCUGCCUGAGUCUCAAAAACCUUUGGUAUCAGAGGGGAGAGAUGUCAGCAAAAGGUCAAAUUCAUAAUGUUGGUCUCCUCCAUGAAUUAUGUUGGUUAUUAUAUUUUUUUGGUGAAAAAAUAUGUUGGUUAUUAUAUGCUGCAAUGUAAUGAACAUGGUUGUAAAUUUAGAAAUAUAACUGUGCCUUCUUUUUUUCCCGGGUACCA